CGCCGAGCGCAGUUCGCCGCCUUCCGAAGCAGCGGGUGACGCAGCGACCGGCGUCAAGUUGAUUCGUGACAUCAUCGCAGAUCACCGCCGUCCAUGAUAUAUCCGCGACCUGCUGCGCCACGGGCGCGCGCUUCUGCUGACAGCACUUUUCACCCUUCCUCCGAUCGUGGUUCGUUCGUGGCUCCCUUCUCCGACUUUCAUCUCCCCGUCUCGCUACCCUAUCUCUCCCGCUCGUGGCCUAGUCUCCCCCGCCACCGACAGCCAGCCAGCUAGCACGCUAUGGCCGACACUACCACUACUACCGACGCCGCCCCACAUGUGCACCGGCACCACUGGUAUUACGUCUGGUUCCCCCUCGUCGCCGCCUUCGCCUGGUUCGCGACGCUGUGGGCGCUGUUGAUCACGUGGCUCGCCUCCGGCCGGCCUCACUACGUCUCGCAGGACGGCACGAUCGCGUACAUCUCCGACGUCGGCGCGGACAUCCUCAAGCCGCUCUUUGUCACUGGAUGCUGCUUUACGGGCAUCGGCUUCGUGCUCUCGCUCGCCGCCGAGCGCUGGCUGCGGCACUCGGGGCGCCUCGCGCCGACCAUGCGCAAGCGCGAGAGGGUGUUCUCCAUCCUCGCCAUCCUGGGGAGCGCGAUCGGAGGUGCGGGGUUGAUACUGUUGAGCAUCUUCGACACGAAGCGGCACACGACCUUGCAUCGGGUGUUCUUGCUUGUGUUCAUCGUGGGCGUUGCCCUCAGCGCGAUCUUCACUAUAGUAGAGUUCCGAUGGCUCUCCAAAGACCUUCCCUACCUCCAAAAGCUCAAGACAUCCUACAUCGUUAAGGCAAUCAUCACAAGUACCCUCAUCGUGCUUGCCAUCGCCUUCGGCAUCACGAUGUACUGGUCGAAUGAUGUGGGAGCCAUCCUUGAGUGGACGAUAUCCUUUCUCUACACAUUCUACCUCCUCACCUUCUUCUUCGACCUCCGCGCGAGCCGGCACGUGGGGAAGGGAGAGCUGCUGUACUUGAAGCAACGCGCCGAAACCGGACUCUCGCACGCCGUACAUGCGCGCGUCGUAUAGAAGGCGUGGCGUACUAUCGACCGCUGGCACUAGAUAGGCAUGAGAUGACGAGAUUCGAGCCUCUUAUACUGUAUCAUAUUCUACCCUUUUUAUAAGGCGUACCCACACUACAACACACC